CGGCGCUUCCAGCCCAGUCUGACAACUAAAUGUCCUGGCGGCGAGGUGGCUCUUGAUAUCCCAGCAAGCUGAAACCCUGUUGUACAGCCAAGCAACAUGACAGUCCUCCCUCACAAAUCACAUAACGAAGAUGGUACUUUGCGGAAAUCCCAGCUGCGUUCACGACAGAAUGGACCGCCGACAGGUGAAGGUGAUGGAAGCGAUGGAAGUGAUGGAGGCGGUGGAGGCAGUUCAGGCUUCAGUGGAAGUGCUGUAAUAAUAGGAAUUGUUGUCGCCGUUGUGUUCGUAAUCACCGCCUCGAUACUACUUUAUUCGUUCCUGCGCAAAUGGAAGCUCCAAGGGAAAAACCCGCGCUACAUCCCUACCAAAUUCUUGAAACAGAAAUGGCAGGCUUGGAAUCCAGGUGGAAAAUACUCGGCCGUUCGCAACAGAGACCUUUCGUCCAGCAAUACCGCUUACACUGGCAACAACAUUCAAGCAGGCACCGGGGUCGACCGGAACACCAGCGUUAGAAGCGUCAUCACUCUUCCAGCAUACUCGCGUACCCCCAAAGAAUCAGAAGAGGUCAUUGGCCGUGAGGGUGAAAGAGCAGGUAUGGAUACGGUUGUUGAGUUUCCGGAGACCGUAGACGAACAGGAAGCACAACGUGAAGACCAAAUGGAAUCCUUGUACCAGAUCCGCGUGGCUCGCCGUCGCGAGCUUGCAGAAAGGGAAGAGCGAAGGCGUGAGAGAAGAGAAGCCCGCGAACGAGGAGACAAUGCUCGAUUGGAAGAGCUGAGACGAGAAUCCCGACAGCGGGCCAGUGAAAGUGCCGUCUCACUCAAUGCAGUCGCGGACGUUUCGGCUGCGACACUCAUCGCAGAGCAUCAGUCACGAGGACGCGAGAGCCGAGUUUCGAGUGUUGCAUACGGCUCACUGGGCCAGGUUCGACACGACGGCACCAGAUUGCGAGCCAACAGCAACGAGUCCGAGCGAGGCGGCUUGUUGAGUGGAGCGGCCCCGAUGGGCGAGACUGCAGGACGGCCUCGACAGUACUCGGAUGCUACUUCGAUCGGCAAUCUAUCACAACCGCGUACUCGAGAGCGAUCUAUCAGCGAUCUCAGUGUAUCCACAAACGGCUCAGAUCUCAUUCGCCAAAUUACACCAGGCUCAACAGUCAUGGACGACGCAGCACGCCCGCGAAGCUCACAUAGUGAAGGACAAAGCGGUACCUCGAACUCCUCGCCUACAGCGAACAGGUACACGCCGGCCGAGAGUACUGGUUCUGAAGAUGUUGGAGAAUCACGAAUACCGCCACUGGAUGUGGCCGGUGGCAGUCACCCUCCAGCCUAUGAAGUUUCGGAAUGGGGUGAUGCUCCAUCAUACGAGGCUGCAGUAGCCCGUGCUGCCAGCAAUGCCGCUGCUCGAGCUUCCGGAGAGCCAACUAGGGUGUCCAGUAGCGCACCGCGGUUGCCGCAGCUCAAUCUACCCAUGAUCAGCGUCUCUGGGGCCAGCGAGCCAAACACACCCAUUCUUGGGUCGGAGGAUCGGUCCCCAUCAUUACCGAAAGCCACCUCAAGUUCGUCAGAAAUUACCGCCGACCUUCCUGGAGGCUUCCCUUCAUGAUCAGCAGAGUCUUCUCAUCCAGUUCGAAGGGAGAUUUCUUGACUCGAAAUUCGUGAGCAGAUGCAGUCAAAAGAGCGUCUAACCGAGACGGGUGUAUUCCAAUUGU